UUUCCCGACGGGCCCAUGGAGUCCAAAACUACCUACCUGGAAGACCUACCACCCCUCCCUGAGUAUGAGCUGACUCCAUCCAAGUUAGGCGACGAAGUGGAUGAUGUUUAUCUUAUUCGAGCUCAAGGAUUGCCCUGGUCAUGCACUUUGGAAGACGUGCUUAACUUUUUCUCAGACUGCAGAAUCCGCAAUGGUGAGAAUGGAAUACAUUUCCUCUUGAACAGAGAUGGGAAACGAAGGGGUGAUGCCUUAAUUGAAAUGGAGUCAGAGCAGGAUGUGCAGAAAGCCUUAGAGAAGCACCGCAUGUACAUGGGUCAGCGGUAUGUGGAAGUCUAUGAGAUAAACAACGAAGAUGUGGAUGCCUUAAUGAAGAACCUCCAGGUCAAAUCUUCCCCUGUGGUCAAUGAUGGGGUGGUUCGCUUGAGAGGACUUCCUUAUAGCUGCGAUGAGAAAGACAUUAUCGACUUCUUUGCAGGGCUGAACAUAGUAGACAUUACUUUUGUCAUGGACUACAGAGGGAGAAGGAAAACAGGGGAAGCCUAUGUGCAGUUUGAAGAACCAGAAAUGGCCAACCAAGCCCUGUUGAAACACAGGGAAGAAAUUGGUAAUAGGUAUAUAGAGAUAUUUCCAAGCAGAAGGAAUGAAGUUCGUACACAUGUUGGAUCUCAUAAAGGAAAGAAAAUGGCAUCUUCUCCUACUGCUAAGUAUAUAACUGAGCCAGAAAUGGUCUUUGAAGAGCAUGAAAUAAAUGAGGAUCUUCAACCCAUGACAGCGUUUGAAAGCGAGAAGGAAAUAGAAUUACCUAAGGAGAUGUCCGAAAAGCUUCCAGAGGCUGUCGAUUUUGGAGCUACACCUUCCGUACAUUUUGUUCACAUGAGAGGACUGCCUUUCCAAGCUAAUGCCCAGGAUAUUAUAAAUUUUUUUGCUCCACUGAAGCCUGUUAGAAUCACCAUGGAAUACAGUUCCAGUGGGAAGGCCACUGGUGAAGCUGAUGUGCACUUCGAUACCCAUGAGGAUGCUGUUGCAGCCAUGCUCAAGGACCGGUCCCAUGUCCAGCAUAGGUAUAUUGAACUGUUCCUGAAUUCAUGUCCAAAAGGAAAAUAAGAUUUCCAAGAACUCCAAAUAAGGGUGAAGCAAGAAGCAUUUCAUUUGCACAUCUUUCUUGGACACGGGAUACAAAGUUCCAGUUUAUUAGCAGCAAUUGCUAGAGCAAGGAUUUUGGGGUUUUGGGUUAAUUGCUUCUAAGAAAAAUUCCAUAGUGGACUGUUAAAAAAAGAAAAAUCAGUUUAGGAUGAUGAAAUAAAUUGCUAAUUUAAAUAUUUGUUUGAAGUAUUCAGGGUCUGAUUUUAAAAUGUCUAGUCUUUUAUGUAAUUUUUGUUUCAUAGGGAAUAUUACCCAUUUUAAAGAUUACUUAUUUUAUUCAGCACUGCUCUUUAAAACCCUUCUAUAUAAAAAGUACGCUGUUCAAAAUUGUGUUCUUGGCCUAUAAAUUGAGAACUUUGAUGUAAAGCUCUUGGUUUGGAAGGUCUUAUGAUAAUGCUGAUUUAUUUUAACCAAACACCAAAGCAGGGAAUAACCAGUUUCCGACCUUUGGACUAGUGUGGUUUGUUAGUGGGAGGUAAUUUAAAUUUAAAUUAAGUGAUUACUCAGAGGAGUUAACAUAAAUGAGUAGAAACUAAAAUAUAACUGAAAAGUAAAAAUGACAGCUUGACAGAGUUUUGCCUUAGGCUAAAGGCAUUAACACUGGUGCCUAUCUACGGGAAAUUUUAGUCUUCGAUAUCUAGUCCACCCUCCCACCCCCACCCCCAUUUAAAAAAAUUUUGGGUAAACCCUAAGGAUGUAUUGGUUUCAAAACUGAAGUGAUUUGUCAAAACAGUCCACACUGCUAAAAGACAUUAGUGGUUUCACUUUAAACCAGCUAUAAGUAGGAAAAAAAUUGAAAUCUCAUUUGCUUUUUUUAAUGAGUUAGCACAUCCCAUAUUUUAGAACAGGUAGGGAUGCCUUGCUUAAAUUAAGAUAGCAUUCAGUGUAUAAUUAAUUGUGUGAAGGGUUUAUGGAUAAAGCUGUAUUUCUGUCACAUUGUGACAGUACCUUCUGCUUUAAUAUUAAACAGCUUGUUAUUUAAAUACUGGAUCAAAAUGGCUGGCUUCAAAAUGUAGUCUUUACUAAGCUAACUAUGUGCACCUGUCUAGGAGAAUUAAAGUCCUGUGUACUUUCUUUGCCUUGUCCAUGUUCUCAGGGUGACGACUGCUACGUAGUUACCAGGAGAUGCAGUUCUAGUUCCUAAAAAUGCUUAAAUCUAGAUGUUUGAGAGAUGACAUCUGGAAGAGAGAUUGUCUUUCAUUUAUUACAUAACUGUCUGAUUACCAGCUAAGAUUUGAAAUCACUGUACUGUAAGUAGUCAAUAAAUGAAGGCCUGUUUUAGGCUGAAGAGUUACUUAAGUGUAUUUAUUAUCGGAGUGUGUGUGAGUUAACUGAAUAUAUUUUUAUUACAUCAAAUCCUGGUGUAUUACAUAAAUGGCUAAUUUUCAGUGGUGUAGUUUUUUUGUGUUUUAAUCACCUAACUGUAAGAACACAAUUUAAUCAACCAGCUUAAUAUCUUUCUUUGAUGAUAAUGUGUUCAUAAAUGGUUAAGUGUACCUAGUUUUGAGAAUUGGUAUCCUUCGUUGUACAAGUGUGAUCUAUUAAAGUGUGAUUUAUUCUCUCUUCCUUAAGUAGUGGAUAUUUGAUUUGCUGUGGAGAAAAUCUUGAAAAUCCAACAGGACUGGGAUUAGUGAGGAGUUGAUUCAUUGUACUUCAAAUUCAUUUCUCCAGGAAAAGACUGAGCAAGAGCACUGAAAUGGUCAGCUUGAAGAGGGUCACUCUGUGCCAUGCUAGUGGCUCCGUUCGUGUAAGAGGCCUAUAUGUACUGCGUGUACAUAGACGAUUGAGCUGCCAUUCAUAAUGUUGGCUACUAAGUGAAUGAUUUUUGACAGGCAAGUAUUACUAAAGGAGAGGGGUAGAAAGGCACAUGAAGCAGUAAAAUAGCGUUUAAUUCUGUCACAUCAGAAGGCGUACAUCCUUAAUUGGCGGAAAUGGGUCAUACGUCACCAUUUGCUAUUGAAGAAAGAAACAGUGACUUUCUUCAGUUGAGCCCUUGAUGUCUUUAUAGCUUUGUCAUAAAGCUCUCAAAAUACUGGGGAGACUGGGAUAUAUAUCCAUGGUCCACAUAGCCUGCUUUGGUCUAACUAUUUCUCAAGAAACUACCCAGGAGAAUGUUGAUCAUUCAUGUAGAUCCCAAAGAGGAAAUUGCUGAAGAUUGUAAGCUGGUCUAAUACGUUCACUCACAGCAGACAGGGAAGCCAGAGUAUGUCCGUCCCUGUCCGAGCCACCAAGGCUUUAGGCAUAUCGGGAAGAGUGCAGGGAGGGCGCACAUGCAGAGUGGAUGGCUCGUAAGUGUGGAGAAGAAGGCUAAGACAACUGUAUGGUUAUCACUUUUAUGUGGUGACUGCUGAUUACUAAAUAGUUGUAGUAGCAUCCUCUGUGCUUAGCGUGCCUCAGAUUUUGACUUGAAGGUUGGUUUACUCUGAUCACUCAAAUAUGUGAAGGGAUUCCUAUUCAAGUAGGUCUUAGUAAAAAUGUAUCUCCAUCAAUAGAGCAGGGGCAGGCCCUAGUUCCAGAGGUUUUGGAAAAAUCAAAUCCCCUAAUGUAGAGAUGCAUUUUUUGCCUGAAAGAAGCAGAUUAAGACGUAAUCCCUGACGUCUGUUGGAACACACAUAGGGCUUAGUUUGCUGGGAUAACCUUAAAUUUGUUUGUAUUUUAUUUCUGAAGGAAAGAGUUUCAAAGUGGUAUAAUUAAGUCUCCUUCCCACCUUUUACUUCAGCUACUCAGUUUCCCGUCUCAGGUGACAAUGUCAGUUUUUAAUGUAUUUAGUGUAUAUAUAAGAAAAUAAAAUAUAUUGUCAUUUUUAAUAUAAAUUAAAACAUAUGGUACAUGCUGCUGUUUCUGUUCCACUUAAUAUAUUUUAAAUAUCGUUCCAUAUAAGUAUAUAAAACUUUUCCUCAUGUCUUUUUAAUAAAUAUGGACUUUGGAUGUAUGUAAUUUAGCCUGUCCCUUACAGAAGAAUAUGUAAAUUGUUUCCAAUCUUUUGCUGUUUUAGUGUUGAAAUGAAUUGCCUUGUAUAAACAUGUACACAUGAGGGAUCUCCAGAAAGUUCAUGCAAAAAUGGUUGAAAAGAAUGGAAUUUUUUCACCAAGUUCUUGAUGUCCCCUUGCAUAUAUUUUAUAUAUGCAAAUUUUCUGUAGUAAAUUCCCUAAGGUGGUUAGAGUAUGCGCAUUUAUUUAUCUAAAAUUAAAUUUGUACUCCAAAUUGUUAGAUAGCUGUCCAUUGUUAGCCCCAGCAACUUCUGUGCCAUUGCGGUAAGUGUUUUGAGUUUGCGUUUUAAGGUAUUUUCCUGUGCGGUACCAUUAUUAUAUGUUUAAAAGCUUUUGGACUUCCUUUUCUGUGGACAUCAUAUCCUUUUCCUUUAAAAAAAAACCCUGCUAAAUUACAAAAUACAAAAAUAGAGAAGUACCCCUUAUAAGAACCAAUUAUCAGAGUAUUUUUAUUUGUAAAUAUUUCAAUAUGUAUUUCCUUAAGAAAAAAUGCUUAAAAAUAUUAAUUUACCUAAAAAACGAUUAAUUUACCCAAUAUCUAUCUGAUUUGUCGUUAUUUUAAAGUUUAUUUGAAUCAGGGUCUAGAUAGUGGUCCAGACAUUUCAAAUGGUUACUUCUGCUGCAUUCUCUUGUAACCUUUUAAUAGAAAAGUUUUCAAGCAUACAGGAAAGAUGAAUCACACACACUCUUAUACUUAUUGUCUAGUUUCUAUAAUGUUUUGCUGUGUUUUCUUUUAUAUCCACCUACUUUUUUUUUUUAAAUGCAUUUAAAAGUUGUAGGCAUCUAUACUUUACCUUUUCAGUAUAUCAUUAACUAUAGGGUUUUUUCCCUCACAGGGGUAAAACGUACAGUGAGGUGAAGAAAUAAAGUGUACCAGCAAUGACAUUUUUAUGUACAACUGUAACUCAAAGCCUUAGCAAUCUAGAAUAGUUCUGUUGUGUCAGAAAAUGGCUUCACUCAGUCUUGCAAUUCCCUUGAUGCCUCUGCGGGUGACCACCGUUGGGAUUUAGUUCACCUUAGAUUAGUUUUACCUUCACUGUAGAUUAGUUUGGCCUAUUGUAGAAUUAAUUUCAUAUAAAUGGAACCAUGUAGUAUGUACUCUUAUGUAAGGUUUCUUCCAGCAUGUUUUUAGAUUUUUUUUUUUUGUAUUUCCACUGUUGUUCCUUUUCAUUUCUGAGUAAUAGUCUGCUGUAUGCCAGGAUUUAACUUUUCACCUGUUAAUGGACAAUGGGCUGUUUCUAGUUUUUGGCUAUUAUGAAUAAAGCUAAUAAUGAACAUC